GAGCGGAGCGGCGAGAGCGCGCUGGGCCGGACUAGAGCCCCGCGCUCGACGCUUCCAGAUUCACCGCCGGAGCGGAGCCGCAGCCAGAGCAGCCGAGCAGCAGCAGCCAGGCCGAGCUCGCAGAUCCGCACCUGUCCACCUCUAUUCCCCGCGCUGUCGGAGGCGAAGGGGACUGGGAGAGAGACAGCUGCAACCUUCGCUCCCACGCUCGGAACGCUAUCACCCCUGCCCUGUCUGCUCACGGCCUGAGCACCAAAUACGCAGGAGGUCUGGAUUAGUGUCCCCACCCUGACGGUCUGGGGACCAAAGAGGAAAAAAGCCAAGAGGAUUCCGUGUAAAAGCAUGGCGUGAGCAUGGGGCGUGGAGGAGAGUGAAGAUUUCCCCUGGAGGUACCAGGGUUUACGAGGCCUGGGUGAGUACCAGGCAGUCCAGCAUCCCAGCAGCCACGACCUCCCUUCUUCCCUGAGGAAGCUAGAAUAAUCGGGUGGCUCGGGUGUAGCACUUAAAGCGGUGCCCUCUCUUGUCUGAGGAAUCAGGAUCUGACCCAGCAAAUCCGUGGAAAGCCUGCCUUCUGCCCCGGUCUUUCUGGUGCGGAUGUGCCGCUGCCCACUGGAGCGCCAUGAAGGCAGGAUGACCUCAGCCGAAGCAGCGGCUGUGGCUGGAAGUGCCCAGGAGCAUGGCCGCCUCAAGUGGCCUCCUGACAACUCUCAGGUCCUUGGGCAGCCUGCUCGAGCCAGAGUGGUUGUGGCAGCCCUGGUGUGGCUGUUGGCAGGAGCCAGCAUGUCAAGCCUCAACAAGUGGAUCUUCACAGUGCAUGGCUUCGGAAGGCCCCUAUUACUCUCAGCACUACACAUGCUGGCAGCUGUGGCAUGCCACUGGGGGGCCCGGCGGCACAUGCCCCGCAGCAUCCAAGGCAGAGUGCUCCUGCUCAGCCUCACCUUUGGCACCUCCAUGGCCUGCGGCAGCGUGGGCCUGAGCACUGUACCCUUGGACCUAGCACAACUGGCCACCACCACCACGCCAUUGUUCACACUGGCCUUGUCUGCACUGCUGCUUGGACGAAGACAUCAUCCGCUGCAGUUUGCUGCCAUGGGCCCACUCUGCCUGGGAGCUGCAUGCAGCCUUGCUGGAGAGCUCCGGGCACCCUCAGCUGGCUGUGGCUUCUUGAUAGUAGCCACCUGUCUCCGAGGCUUCAAGUCCGUUCAACAGAGUGCUCUGCUGCAGGAAGAGAGGCUGGAUGCGGUGACUCUGCUCUAUGCCACCUCUCUGCCCAGCUUCUGCCUGCUGGCAGGCGCUGCGCUGGUGAUGGAGGCUGGAGCAGCCCCACCCCUGGCUCCCACCGACUCUCGCCUCUGGGCCUGUGUGCUGCUCAGCUGCUGCUUGUCUGUGGUCUACAACCUGGCCAGCUUUUCCUUGCUGGCCCUCACAUCCGCCCUCACCGUCCACGUACUGGGCAACCUCACAGUGGUGGGCAAUCUCGUCCUGUCCAGGCUCCUGUUUGGCAGCCACCUCAGCGCUCUCAGCUAUGUGGGCAUCGCUCUUACCCUUUCAGGAAUGUUUCUUUACCACAACUGCGAGUUUGUGGCCUCCUGGGCUACCCGUCGGGGGCUGUGGCACAGGGACCAGCCUGGCAAAGGUCUUUGAGAGCUGGUGGAGGGCAUGAGCCAUACCUGGACAGCCCUAGCCUGAAUCUAACCAUGGACAGUGGCCAUGAGGAAAGUGGAGAGGUGCUAUGUCCGCCAGGCCAGGGAAAGGAAAGGAGGUGGCUUCUGGAAGGGCUGUCUGAGAGGCCAGGGACCUUCAGAGAGACCCAUCCCGUCCGUCCCUGCUGGCCUCACCUGUUACAGCAAGGCCUGCCACUGGAUGGUGGGUCCAAGUCUGGCAUGUGUGCCUGUCAAAUGGUUCAUUAUGGUUAAUGUCAAGGGCAACAGUGAGAAUUGCUGGGCAAACUUAGAAAAUCUCAGUGUGUUAGGAUGAAGAUGAUGCUCAGCGGCUGCGCAAUCUUUCCCCCAGUUGGGGGAGGCCGUGAGGAGCACCAGAGGGUAGUCUGUGCCAGCUUCAGGCAGCUACUUCGGCCUCGCUCCGGUGCCGCCUCCCCUGGGUUUGGAUCUUCCAUCCUUAAAUAAACUAUUUUUGCUUGGA